AUGGCUCCCACCAUCCACAAGGAGGAGAAUUUCUCCACCACAAAUCUCAAGUGGAAGAUGACUCUCGUCCAGCCAUCCGGAGAGCUGAGCGCCAAGAUCAAGGAGGAGUUGCGCGAACCAGCAAACCCCGCCGACAUUGAACGGGACAUCGGAAUCAUCCGCCAAUGGCUUGACAUGCAGCCCCAUCUGCCAAAGGACAUGGAUGAUGCCCGUCUCCGCACCUUCCUGCGUGGCUGCAAGUUCAGCAUCGAACGCGUCAAGCAGAAGUUGGACAUGUACUACACCAUGCGCAAUGCCGUCCCGGAAUUCUUCACCAAUCGUGACGUCAACCGGCCAGAAAUGGCGGAGAUUUUGAACGUUAUCCACAUGCCCCCACUACCAGGACUAACCCCAGCCGGAUGUCGUGUGGUCAUGCUGCGCGGAACUGAUAAGGACAUCAGCACGCCGAACGUCAUCGAAUCAAUGAAGCUCACGUUGAUGAUUGGUGAUGUUCGAUUGGCCGAAGAAUCUGUUGGUGUUGCCGGAGACGUUUACAUCAUGGACGCCAGCGUGGCCUCUCCGACUCACUUUGCCAAAUUUACUCCCACACUGGUCAAGAAGUUCCUUAUCUGUGUUCAGGAGGCCUAUCCAGUUAAACUGAAGGAAGUUCACGUGAUUAAUGUUUCCCCGAUCGUCGACACCAUCGUCAACUUUGUUAAACCAUUCCUGAAGGAAAAGAUUCGUGAACGUAUCCACAUCCACAGCAGCAUGGACGAUUUGUACAAGUUCGUCCCGAAGGCAAUGCUGCCAACCGAAUACGGCGGUGAUGCCGGAUCGAUCAAAGACCUGAACGAACAGUGGCGCUCUAAGUUGGGAGAAUACACCGGCUGGUUCAAGGAACAGGAGGCUAGCAAGGCCAACGAAUCACUGCGCCCGGGUGCCCCGAAGACCGCCGAUGAGUUGUUCGGCAUGGACGGUACCUUCAAGCAACUGACCAUCGACUAA